UAAUAAAUAAUCGUUAAUUUAUUACCAAAAUUAUUUAGCUUAGUAGCUAAUCAAUAUGAAAGUUGAUCGGACGAGGUUGAAGAAAAGUGCCUCGGACAUUCCGCCCGAAUGUCAAAUUCUCAUAGAUAAAUUACGAUUAUGUUCGCGGGCAGUUCUUUUGGAAGAACUAUCGCGAAUAGAAACAUGGACAUUUGGAAAAUGCGAAUUAUACCAUUGGAUCGAUAUUUUAGAUACGUUCGAUGUGAUAUUAGAAGAAGCUUGCGCUCGUCAAAUAGAUAAUGAAUGGGCCUUAGUCUGUGACGUAUAUUUUACUAAUGAUAAUAAAAAGCUGUUACUAUGGGUUCUACACUUCACAACACUUCUUAUCGAACAUUCAUUUUCCCGACAUUUGUACAAUUCAAUGGAACAUUUGGUUUCGUUGCUAUCAUCCUCGGACAUGCAAAUUGUUCUGGGCGUUUUGAAUCUUCUGUACAUGUUCUCAAAACGUAGUAAUUUCAUAACCAGACUAAACAGUGAAAAACGACAAACUUUGUUAAUACGUUUAUUUUAUUUGGCUGAGAGUUGGGGCGGCAAAGAUAAUGGAUUCGGUUUAGCUGAUUGCUGUAAAGGUGUGAACACAGUUCCACAAAGUGCAUCAACGCUUCACUUUGAAUUCUACGAGGAGAAAGUGACACAUAAUCAAACAAGUCCAUUACGUUACAUUCAUAUCGAGAGUGUGGAUAAAUUGGAUAAAACACCCGCUGAGAUUAUGAAUGAAUUAGUACAACAGUAUCGUAUUCCACAAGAUAAACAGAUGCGUUUAUUUACACAGUUACGUUUAGCAUGCUGUUUCGCUGAUUACAAGAUACGGAUGUAUUGUGUGCAAGCACGUCUACAAGCGUUAUCAGUUCUCGUAUACUCGAAUGCGUUAACGGAUAAUUUAAAUCCACAUGUUUUACUGUAUAAUGGAUUACUGGAGGAGUUAGUCGAAUUACUUAAAUUACAAUUACCACAUUUAGUUGAAAUACGUUCAGCUGCGUUACGAACACUUACAUCUAUCAUACAUUUGGAUCGUAAUCCAAAUCCACACUUUCCAAACAAGAAACCUGGAGCUCGAUUACGAAGCAUAAUUGACGUAACAGGCGCAAGUUCAUAUCAUGGUUUUCUUCCAACAUUAGUACGACAAUGCAUUUCCACAUUAAUCGGGCAACCCGGUACAACAUCUGGACUAUAUGGGACAGCUGGCCAACAAGCACCUAGUUUUCCGCUACCAUUAGCUACCGCACUAUUUUCAUUUUUAUAUCAUUUAGCUAGCUAUGAUUCGGGUGGUAAAGCUUUAAAAGUUUGUGGCAUGAUGGAAGCGUUGCUGCGUGUCAUCAAAUGGCCAGGAACUGAACUAGAUCACAUAACGUUUGUAACGCGCGCCGUCCGUGUGAUUGACCUCAUCACAAAUAUCGAUAUGCAAGCGUUUCAAACGCAUGGCGGUUUAAAUAGUUUUAUUACACGCUUACAUAUGGAAAUAAAUUACUGUCGUACUGAACAACCUUUUGAAAUAGCCGUACCGAUUACCACAUCCGAGCAAAAACAGAUCGAAGAUAUUCGAGAUCAGUUACGAUCGUCACAUGAACUCAUUGAAGAUGCUCAAACAUUCUCACCAACUGAUCAGACAACAUCUACUGCUGGUACAAACAAAACAUGCUUACCGCAAAGAGCCGCAUUGUUAAAAUCCAUGUUAAAUUUUCUGAAGAAAGCAAUUCAAGAGUCAACAUUCGCUGAAAGUAUUCGACAUGUAAUGGAAGGAACUUUACCAUCAUCGCUCAAGCAUAUAAUCAGCAAUGCUGAAUACUACGGCCCCUCAUUGUUCUUACUAGCAACGGACGUGGUCACUGUGUACGUGUUCCAAGAACCAGGUCUUUUAUCAUCACUUCAAGAUAAUGGCCUAACCGAUGUGGUCCUCCAUGCGUUACUAAUCAAAGAUGUUCCCGCCACACGAGAAGUUCUAGCAUCGUUACCGAAUGUUUUCAGUGCGUUAUGUUUAAAUUCACGUGGUUUGGAUUCAUUUGUACGAUGUCGACCUUUCGAUCGACUUUUUAAGGUCUUGUUAUCUCCCAGUUAUUUAACAGCAAUGCGACGUAGACGUAGUGCGGAUCCAAUGGGAGACACUGCUACGAAUUUAGGUAACGCAAUGGAUGAACUUAUGCGACAUCAACCUACUCUCAAAGUGGAUGCAAUGACCGCAAUUAUAAGUCUUCUUCUCGAAUUAAAUUAUUUGGGCACAGAUCCAAAAUACGUUUGUUGGCGUGCACAAAACAAAUGUGAUGUGUCUCCAGUACCUUCACAAAGUCAAACAAACAGCACGGAAGGUGGAAGUAGCGAUGAAGAAGAGGAUGAUGAAGAGGAAGCUUCGACAUCCUCACAUAAUCAUCGUGAGGACAGCACUCAAGAUAGUACGGCCGCAGCAACAACUCCUAGUAACAACGAAAAAACACCGAUUGCCUUAGUUGAUUACAUCGUGAAUGUUACCAAGUUUGUCGAUGCAAUCUUAAGUAACAAUUCCACUGAUGACCAUUGUAAAGAGUUUGUAGCGCAAGAAGGUUUACGUCCAUUGCUACGAAUACUUCGUUUACCAAAUUUACCGGUCGAUUAUCCAAUUACAGUUGCAGCACAAAGUGUUGCUUCUGUCUGUAAAUCAAUAUUGAAUUUAGCUCAUGAACCGCGCGUUCUAACUCUUGGACUAACACAAUUACUUGAUAUCGUUGAAAAUUUAAAAUCACUGAAGCGUAGUCGAAGUAAAUCAACGACAGGUUCAGUUUUACUUAAUGAAUUAGCGAAUGCACCUUGUUUAGAAACAGCUUUUUCAAGCUACACCGCAACACCUUUACUGCAUACUAUGGGCGAAGCUCAUGGCUACGUUGUCAUGUUUGUACAUGUCUGUCGAACUGGACAAAGUGAUAUACGAAAUUUAUCUCUACAAUAUUGGGGCUCAGAAGUUGGAUUAGAAGUUUUACGGGGCUUAGCCGAAUUAUAUACAACUUUAGUAUGGGAAAGUACGCUGUUAUUAGCACUGUGUAGUGAUGACAUUAUACCUGAAGGAUGUGAUUUUGGACGGGAAGAUAUGGAGAAGUUAAUCCCGUCGGACAUUAAAAACGAUGAUAGUUCACAUGACGAGAGCAGUUGUAGUUUAGGAAUGACUUCGGCUAUGGAAGCGUUAAGUACAACUGAUAACAUGGAAAUUGAUCAUGAAAGUGUGGCCACACAAACAGAGCAACGAGAAGAACGUGUCUCACCCACAUCUCAACAAUUAAAAUAUAUAAAACCGUUGUUAGGAGCAUCGUCUCGUUUAGGACGUGCUCUAGCUGAAUUAUUUGGCCUGUUAGUGAAAUUAUGUGUUGGAUCACAGGCUCGUAGUCGACGAGGACAAAAUAAUCCAGUGACGUCAACAAUACCUAGUGGAGCAGCUCGACGUGUUGCUACUGCAUUAAAUGUUUUGCUCACGCAAGGCAUGUCUUGGAAUUCAUUGCCACCGUCACCAAUACCGAAAUUUCGUUUAACGUUCUUGAUAUGCAGCGUUGGAUUUACAAGUCCAAUGUUAUUCGACGAGAAACGUUAUCCUUAUCAUUUAAUGUUAUGCAAGUUUAUGAAUUUGGGAGGACAACAAGCUUUCUUUGAUACAUUCAAAUGGGCAUUAUCUGGCGGUGGACAAUUUUCUUUGGAGGAAGGUUUUGAACAUCCAGAUUUACCUGAUGGUACUGGUGAAUUUUUAGAUGUUUGGCUAAUGUUAUUAGAAAAAAUGGUAAAUCCAACCGCAUUAUUAGAAUCACCGAAUGUCUGUUACACAAAACAAACAAAUCCAAAUCAAAAAUCAAUACCACAAGGUCCAAAAAUCGAUUUUGACCCACUAAAAUAUUUAAUUCAUAUACAAAAAGCUGCAUUCGAAUGUGUUAUGUUAAUGUGGGGCCGUAAACCGUUAAAAACAUACGGAGCACGUAUGACCGAAUCAAUUUUAAGUAUUUUAAGACACAUACUACAGGGUGAGAAAGUGAUUAAGGAUGCAUUAGCGAAACGUGCAAAUGAUAAAACAAAAUCAACGGAUAUGGGUACGGAUGAUGUUACAACUGUGGCACAUGCUCGUGCUGGCACAUCCGGUACAACGAAUACAACAAGUGUAUCAACUGGCACACCUGGUAAUCCAUCAAUAUCGAUCAUCAGUAAUGUUCGAACGGAUCAAAUCAAUCAAGAUCAUUUACAAUUGUUGAUGGAUAUGGGUUUUACUAUGGAAAUGUGCACUGAAGCGCUACUUAAUACUCAUAGUUUUGAGCAAGCCACCGAUUAUUUGUUAAAUAAUCCGAAUAUUGCGUCACGUGGAGCGGAAAUGGAAUUAGGUGAAGAUGAUCAAAUUGUGAAGGCAAUAGCAAUGUCUUUGGGUGAAAUUCCAGCUCAAGAAACGCCAAAAGAAAAUCCACCACCAGAAGAUGACACACCAUUAGAUAGUGAAUUAAUAGACAAUUUCGCGAAUAACGUUUUACCCGUAUGUUUGGAUCUAUUAGAUCAAUUACCCGAUUCCGUAUACUCGGUGUGCGAAUUAAUAUUUGCAUUAGCGAAACGUAACGGCGAUACCUAUCGUCAUAAAAUCGUGCAUUCAAUUGUUUGUGAAAUUGUGGAUAAAAUAUUUUUAUUGUUAAAUACCGGAUCCGAUAAAUCGUUACAUACGUUAGUGAAUGCGUUAAUCAAAAGUGAAACUGGUUCUCAAGUUGCUGUACGAUUACAUUUGUUAGCGUUAAUCAUUGAUUCGCCAACACAUAAAGAAAUGAAAAUACCAUGCGGUUUAGCGAUUAAUCGUGAAGGUUUACUACAGAUUUUAGUGAAAUUAUUAAUUGGGGCAGAACAAGCGUUAACUGAUGCACCCAAAGAAUUGUUAACAUGUACACCUAAAUGGUUGUCACCUUUGUUGCUUGUGCUCGAUUUGACGGAUAAAGUUGCUCGACAAACAUUCAAUAAAGCACGAAUGCAUGAAGCAACUACAUCCAAAUGGCAAUGGUAUGAUAUGGCCGUUGGAAAAUGGAAUGCAUAUUCAUAUCACAACAAUGUGGUUAUCGAUGCUGCGUAUUGGAAAGGGGAGCCAACAGUUCGAGUCACUUGUGGCCGACGUCGAUACACUUUACAAUUCACAGAUAUGGUUCAAGUAUCUGAUGAAACAGGCAAUACUCGACCCAUUAUGAUGACAAUUGUUAACAUGCAAAAGAAACAAACGGCAAAAACAGGUGAAGAAGAUAUGGAAGCCGAAGAACAAAGCACCGAACAGCAACAACGACCUUUAGAACAGCGUACACGUAUUGUAAAAGGUAUCGAUCAAGCGAAAACACGUUUAGUAACGCGAUCGUGCGUACGUUUAAUGCGUCUUCCAUUAGAUAUUGAAACAUUACAUGCAGUGAUGCGUGUUUUACUUCGCUAUACACGAGAUUUCGAGAAUGCGAAAUUAUUCGCUGAAGAAGGUGGAAUACGUUUACUGUUAGAUUUAACAUUAGCUUCAAAUUUCACUGGUUUCGAAUCAAUCGCCACACUAUUAAUACGACACGUGUUUGAAGGUCCUAGUGUCAUGGAAAUGACAAUGGAGAAAGUUUUACGUGCUAAAAGUGCUGCAAAUUUCCCACCAGAAUGUCGUGAAUUAGUAUAUUUAAGUCGACAUCUUGGUUCAGCAAUUGCACGUGAUUCUGACACAUUCACAGAACUGGCAAAGCGAAUAUGGUUCCCAGAUUUAUCAAUGGAUAUGGCGAAACGUAACGAAGAUAAUCCACCCAAAGAGAUCUUUGUUAAAUCCAAAGCGUGCGCGCGUAAUCAACAGGAAGCGGAAAUUAAUGAAAUUGUCACAGUUCGUGCAAUUGAAGAUUUAAUGAUCGCUCUAGCUAAACCAGAUGCACCUUUAAGUACACCAUCACCAGCGAACAACGCAACAACUACGGCAUCCACUUCAAAUACAAAAUCAACUUCGUCAACUACACCCAGAAAUUAUUUGAUACCUCGAAUUAUGCAAAAUGAGUUGUCUCCAUUAGUUGAGACAACAAAUGACGAGGAUAUUGUGACACUACCAGGACGUAAACCUAAAGAAACACCAAAUAUUACCACGAAAUUAAUUGAGGAUGAAUCCAAAAAACCUUUAAUACGAAAAUCAGACAUUUUACGAAUAUUAUCCGAUGCUGUUCGAUCGUACAUCAUUGUUGGCAAAUAUAUUACGUUCUUCGUCUAUAAACCCGAACAUUCGGAGCUCAUUACAGAGGAAAUGACGGCCAUGACAUUUUUAUUAGAUAAACUAUUACCAUCAACGGAUAACGCUUCAGAUCCUGAUCGGCAUACAUUAACACGCAUGCUUAUUUCAUCGAUAGCGGCAUGCCAUCAAAUGCCUGAAACACAAUUAGUAUUAAUUUGGGAUGUACGUAAUUCAUUGUUACGUGCUGUGGGUAUGCCAGAAUCGGCAGAAAAACACAUUCAAAUGCAAAUGAUUGCCUCAUUAAUAUCAACAAUUAUCGAGCAUUGCCCACCGUUAGCAAGUCUUCAAAUGAAGACCCGCUUUCAUGUACAUCCACUUAAUUAUCUAAAUAUGACCCAUAUGAUUCGAUUAAUUCUACGUCGAGGUAUUGUUGCUGAUUUAGCACGCUUUACACAUUGCAUUGAUCUAUCAAGUCCACAUUUGGCAGCCACAAUAAAUGCGGCCCUCAAACCGUUAGACAUAUUAACACGUGUUUUAAAUCAACCGCUACCUCCACUUAAAGUACCACGAAAGGUCAAUAAUGUCAAUGAUGGUGGACCCUCAAUCAGUCAAAGUGGGGCGACUGGAUCCGAGAAUACUCAUGCACAACGUGAAGAUGCCGUUGGUGAGGAUGCUGACAAUACGGAAGCCGAUUUAUCAACAGCUGGAGAAAGUUUAGGUGGACGAGCAGAAGCUGAUGAACGUGAAGGUGUUGAAGCCGCUUUGGUUGAUAUUAUGGGACAGAUUUUGGAUCAGGAUCAAAAUGAACGAUCCAAUACUGGUAAUUCAGCCUUGAAUGAUACUAUGGACAUUGAUGAGGAACCAUUUUUGGAUCGAAAUGAUACCGAAGAAUCAGAAUCGGAAUCGAAUUCAUCUGGAGAAGAUGAUGACGAAGACGAUGAUGACAACGAUGACGAUAAUGGCCAACAUGUUAAUAAUGAAGAAUCAUCUGCCUAUGAAGAUGACACUGAACCAGAAACAGAAUUCUUCGAAGAUGAUCUUCUACGAAUGCUACCAGCAUUCGAACGUAACGAUGAAGAUAUUUUAAUGAUACAAUAUUCCGAUCAAAAUAGUGAAACAGAUCGUCCAACGAGACGAUUUCAUUGGAACUCUAGUGGAUUUACAACAAUGCCAUUUGGAAUGCAAUUCCAAGAGUCAACGCCACCAAAUCAUCCAUUGUUAAUCAAUCGACACAACUCAGAAAAUUCGAAUAUACCUGGAACGCGAGGUCAACGUGCCAGCCGACAACGCAGGCUACAAUACUUACAAUUGAAUCCAAUGAAUCCGCCACAAAUAAUUUUGCAAAGAUUACUUGGACCAUAUCCAGAUCCAAUAUAUUCACCAAUAUCCGGUGUUGAUGACACCCCACGUGUUGUAAUUAUGGAUCAAAAUUUCGGUAUAUUCUCUAAUGAGGAAGAACAAAUCGAUGUUGUCGAUCAAAGUGGCUAUCUAUUAGGACCACAUUUAUCCGGCGGUUUAAAUAAUGUACCAAUCGCCUUGUACUGGUGGAACGAGGAAUCACGAAUGUGUGACGGCUCAGCUGUACUUGACUCAGCAAUGUAUUUCAGUAACGUAAUGUAUGCGCACUUGGAUUCGAUACGCACGGCUGAUUUAGCGGAACGUAAAAUAUUGAAACGUAUGACUAGUGAUACGUCAGCGGCAACUUCGACUAGUAAAAGUACAAGCAGUAGCACCACAGAGAAAUCGAAUGUUAUGGAGAAUCUGUUAAAUGCGGUUAUAUCAGAUUUACCACCGUCGCAACGAUCCACUUCCACUUCGACAAAUGAUCCAUGUUUAGUGAGUUCUGAUAUGUUGUCACAACGGUCUCAGAAUUCGGCUGACAUGUUGGAUAUCAAUGAUUUGGAUAUUCCGAUGGUUACAGAUCAAUCGAUAUCGAAUUACAUCAAUUGUAAUUCACAAAACGAAGAAAAUGCGGCAACACAAGCUGCUUCUGCUUCUAUACCGUUACCGGAUGUUGCAUUAUUAACGGCUACGGCUGACGUAGGAACAAAUCCUGUCGAUACGUUAACGGAUCAUUCAAUACGUAGUCCACCACCGUUAAUACGAAUCGAUUUUCGUGAUCCAUGCUUUCCACAUCCAUCAUUGCCAUUAGUAACAUCAUCGCCAUUUGAUUCCUUAGAUUCGGUGAUACGCUCAUUUGUACAUCCAACAAUGUUUGGUGAUGAACCGAACACGGACUCGAACGGAGACCGCAUUCUAACCGAUUCCAAUGAUCGACCGGAUGAUGAUGCUGAAAUUGAAACACAACCGACAGUUAGACAGAUUGCUGCUGGCACAAUAUUGACAAGCAGUGUGGGUACAAGUACAACUCCAGCACUUGAUGACUACUUAUCAGAGACAACGUUCCCUCCACCUCCUUACAGUAUUAUCGAAAUAACAACUGGUAGCGACACAGCCACCACUGGAACAGUUACAACAGUUUCCACCAAUACAGUAACGUGUAAUUCAACGACAGUCACUUCUGUCACUUCAACUAAUAGUCAAGAGGGUUAUCGUCCAAAUGUAGCUCCGCCAAGUCAAGAUAUCACUUCCGAAAUAGUUGUUGAAGCCGUUCCACCGCCAACAGUUCAAUCAGAACCGAGUACAGAAUUUAAUUUCACUACAAAUACUAGUAACACAACGCCUACGCCUACAUCAAUGGCAACUGCUUCAGCUCCACCAUUGUCAGAUUUAGAACUACCUGAAGAUGUCGAUCCAUCAUUCUUGGCUGCGUUGCCUGAGGAGAUGCGCGCUGAAGUGAUUGCAGAACAAUUACGCUUACAAAGAAUCCGUCGACGUGCCGCACAACAAGACUCCGCAAUGGCAUCACAAUCUACAGCUGAUUUAGCUGCAGCAAGUUCAAGCACUGCACCAGCUUCGAAUUCUGCCCCGGAUAUAUCUGAAGUGAGUCCUGAUUUCUUGGCUGCAUUACCACCAGCUAUUCAAGAAGAAGUACUUGCUCAACAACGAUUGGAACAACAGCGGCAAAUGGCAGCUGCUGCAAAUCCAAAUGAUCCAGUUGAUGCUGCAGCCUUUUUCCAAAUUUUACAUCCAGCUUUACGUCAAGAUAUUUUAACUGAUAUGGAAGAAUCACAAAUAUCAGUAUUACCACCAGAUUUAGCUGCCGAAGCUCAAACAUUACGUCGUGAUUGGGAAGCACGUAAUCGCCAACUAAUGCAAGAACGUUUUCUCAGUCAAAUAGCCCAAUCGAACAAUGCAUUAUCAUCGAUGCUACGCCGUUCCACAAUCUAUCCGACAUCACGUGGUCCCCGGUACAUACAUCCUGUAACACAACGUAAUCCACAUUGGAGCUCUUGGGGUCCAUCAUUUCCAGCACGAAACACCGAACAACGACAAAUGCGUAACACAGUUGUACGUGUACGAGGUCGACAAUUACUUGACUUGGAAUCCAUAUCGUGUUUGCUCGUCCUGUUAUUCCAAAAUAAUCCAAAAAUUCAUGUACUACGAUUUUAUCGUUGUAUGCGUAACUUCUGCUAUCAUGGCCCUACUCGAGAUUGGGUUAUCAAAGCGUUGUUAUCUAUUUUGGAUAAAUGUGUCAAUGCAAAACCAAUUGACACAACCGGAAGUAAUCAGUCGUUACGUCGAAGCAAACGAUUAGCAAGCAAAGUAUCUGGUGAAUGUACGAGCCAAAAUUGGUUAAAUAUUAAUUUGGAAGCGGCACUUGGAUGUAAAACAAACGUGUUUAUUGUAAAUAAGGGUAAUGGUGGAACUUCUAAAAAGGGGGAAAAGAAAACAAACACGGCUCCUUCGAUUGAUAUUCACCAUCAAGCUGCUUUAAUCGCCGCCAGACAAACUUUAGAUCUAUUAAUACAAUUAGCGAAAAGUUUUCCAAGUUGUUUCUUACCAUUACGGGUAAAAUCUGGUAACAAAAAGAAACCAAUUCCACCCAAAAAUAAAUCCACUAAAAGUGUACCAGAUUUCUGGGACUUAUUACUUAAAUUAGAUUCAACAAAACCUCCUACUCCAAUUAAAAAAUACCGUUUUCCACCACGAACAUACGCAAAUAUUCCCGGUCCAGAUUCCGAUUGGAAUUUUGCAUCAACAUUCGAAACAUCUGGAUUUGGACAACUUUUAACCAUGUUGGAUGCACCGACCGUGAAAAAGAAUUCACAGCUUGUGGAUAAAUUUUUACGGUUGUUGUAUAUGAUUACACGAGGUCUGCCAGAACUUCCACAAUAUUUAUCCGGGAACAAACAUAUUGUUAGAUUCCGAUAUAUCGAGAAAUAUGAGAGUAUUAUGAAUUAUGAGGAUAAAUUACGUAUUAUUGUAAAUACGAUCACGUGGAAACGUUGCUCCGAAGAUGGUUUGGAUUGUGCGACACUUAUGUUACAUAAUCUAUCACAUGUGUCAGAUGAAAUGCGCAAAACAGUCAUUAAUUUAUUAUGGUAUGGAGCAUUCGUAUUAUCACGAGUCGUAGAUACGCAUAUUAAAGCGUUGCUAAACGAACUUCAACGAAUGAAAGAGCAACAACCGUUUGGCGACGAUGAAUCACGAUUAGUGAUGACGUCAAACAGCACCGGUGGAGCGAAUAGUACGGGAAUAUUGAACGAUCGUUUUACAAAAGAACCGAUUAUUGUGACGGCAUCAACGAAACAGCGUAGCACAUGCGAUUUACAACUGUCAUCAAUGAGUCAGCUGGUUUCAAAGAAUUCAUCACAAGCGUAUUUCUUAAAAUUAUUACGUGUUAUUGUACAAGUACUUGAUACGAAAAAGAAAACUGACAAUAAAGAUGGCGCAGCUGCGGGUCCUUCAGCUACAUCUACUAAAACUGACGAUACAACUGCUAUGGAAGUCAGCACAGAUCCAGGUCCAUCUCAAGCAAGUACCAGUACAGCGCCUCCAUCGACAAAAGAAAUCCCAAUUAGUUCAACAUCACCAGCUACAUACAUGGAUUCGAAAUUGUUCGAGGAUAAACCGUUAAGCGCAAUGUUAAGUUUGGGCAACAUAUGGCAAACAUUGAGUAAAUGUUUGCUUGAACUGGAGCACACACCCGACCAUCAUGCUGUGUUAGUUUUACAGCCUGCAGUUGAAGCAUUCUUUUUAGUUCAUACAACACCAAAGAGUCGUAUUCGACGUCAAACGUAUGUAGUGGAUGACGGUCCCACGUUAAACUCAAUAUUCGAGACAACUGUUGAUAUACCAAACGAAGAGGAGAACAUAAUUGUACCCCCCUUAUCACCAAUCCAAGUGAACACCGUUGUCGAUUUAUUGUAUAGUUCAGAUAGUGAUGAAACCCGUGUGUACGAUAGUAAUAGCACCGCGACGGAGAACAAUACAACAGCAACACCAGCUACGACUGAAGAACAAUCAAACAAUAGUGAGCAACAACAAACUUUAACGUCUUCGGGGGAGACGACUGUUGUACCAUCUACAUCGGAUCUUGAAGUUCCUGAAUCGUUAAUAUCACGUUAUGAAGCUUUAGCAUAUGAAAAAAUGGCCGCUUCAGGUGGUUUACCAUGCUUUAUGAAUGAUAUGGACAUUUCAGAUGAUUUUAUGACAUCUACUGAACAAGAUUUACAAUCUGGUUCGUCUUCAUCGUCCUCAAGUCAAAGUUUAACACCCAGUGAUCCUGCAUCUAUGGAUGAUAAACGAAAAUUUGUUGCAUUUGCAGAACGACAUCGAACAGUUUUAAAUCAAAUAUUACGACAGAGUACAGGUAAUCUUGCUGAUGGUCCAUUUGCAGUACUGGUUGAUCAUACACGAAUUCUAGAUUUUGAUGUAAAACGACGUUAUUUCCGUUCGGAAUUGGAACGUUUAGAUAAUGGAAUACGUCGUGAAGAAUUAGCGGUACAUGUUCGUAGAUCACAUGUAUUCGAAGAUUCAUUCAGAGAAUUAUAUCGACGUAGUGCCGAAGAAUGGAAAAAUCGAUUUUAUAUUGUUUUUGAAGAGGAAGAAGGUCAAGAUGCUGGUGGUUUAUUACGUGAAUGGUAUAUGAUUAUCAGUCGUGAUAUAUUUAAUCCUAUGUACGCGCUGUUCACGGUUUCACCAGGGGAUCGAGUCACUUAUAUGAUUAAUUCAUCUAGUUAUUGUAAUCCAAAUCAUUUAUGCUAUUACAAAUUUGUUGGUCGUGUUAUAGCAAAAGCAAUUUAUGACAAUAAACUAUUAGAAUGUUACUUCACACGAUCUUUUUAUAAACAUAUAUUGGGUAAACAAGUGAAGUACACGGACAUGGAAUCAGAAGAUUACAGUUUUUAUAAAGGUUUGGUGUAUUUAAUGGAACACGAUGUGGCUGAUCUAGGCUACGAUCUAACAUUCAGUACUGAAGUCCAAGAGUUUGGUGUAACAAAUGUACGCGAUUUAAUACCAAAUGGUAGCAAAGUGCCAGUUAACGAAGAUAAUAAAAUGGAGUACAUACGUUUAGUUUGUCAAAUGAAAAUGACAGUCUCCAUUCAAAAACAAUUAAACGCAUUUUUAGAAGGUUUUUAUGAUAUCAUUCCAAAGAGAUUAAUUUCAAUAUUCAACGAACAAGAAUUGGAAUUAUUAAUAUCCGGAUUACCAAAUAUUGACAUUGAUGAUCUUAAAAAUAACACCGAGUAUCACAAGUAUCAAGCUAAUUCAUUGCAGAUACAAUGGUUCUGGCGUGCUUUAAGAUCAUUUGAUCAAGCCGAUCGGGCAAAGUUCCUACAGUUUGUAACAGGAACAUCUAAAGUUCCAUUACAAGGUUUUGGUUCAUUAGAGGGUAUGAAUGGUGUACAAAAAUUCCAGAUACAUCGUGACGAUAGAUCUACUGAUCGACUUCCAUCAGCACAUACCUGUUUCAAUCAAUUGGAUUUACCUGUAUACGAAACGUACGAUAAACUACGCAUGAAUCUACUAAAAGCAAUUCAAGAAUGCAGUGAAGGUUUCGGAUUCGCUUGAAUUUAUGUAUUUAUUAUUUUUCUAAUUAUAAAAACAUAAAAAUUUUUAAAAAACAAUCAACAAAUUGUUUUUUAAAACCAAACAAAAGAGACUGAUCUUUAAAAAUAGUGAUGGGAAUUUGUGAUUCUAGCUACAUCAAAAAAAAGUUUAAAAACCGUUUAGCUCCCCCGUCCGUCCCUUCUCUCCUUACUCCUCCUCCCUCUCCCAAAAAAAGCGUUUGUAAAUUUUUGUGUGUGUUUAUUAAGAAAAAAAGAAGCAAAACAGUAAAAAAAAAGCAACAAAAAAAAUGGAUGUUUUUUUGAAAUUAUCAUUGUUGUCAGAGGCGGGGACACAUUUUAAAUAAGUGUCACAGUUGGAAGUGUCCAUAUCCGUCCCUUCGAGGGGUAAUUUCAAAAAAACAAAAGAAGAUAAUUAUGUAAUAUUAAUAUUGUUUUAUUUUUUAUUAUGUAUUAA